CUGAGCAGGGCCACAUCCGCCAUGCAUCACCAGCAGCAGAAUUUUAGGCUUUCCACGCACUCACUCCACGACCACGCACUGCAAUAACGCCACUUUAAUCAGCUCCCUAGAAAAAACAGCAUCCACAAUCAGAUAACCCUGAACUCACACAAGGAAACAACAAACAAUAAACUUAUCAGCUAUUAGUAGGAAGGAGACUCGGACAGAAGGUGACGAGAGUUGCUCAAGGCUGACUGCCUCGGCGUCUCCUGCUCCCAGCGCCGCCUAGCUCACCAUUUCCCUGAGUACUGUGCUCCUAGUCAUGUUGCCUCGACGUCUGUCCCGCCUGAUGCACCCCGUGAGGCGCCUGGGGACCUGCACCACCUCCAGGGCCUCCUUCACCGUGCAAGACGAGGAAGACUUCAGGAACCGGGUGCUGUCCUCCUCCACUCCCGUUGUCGUCGAUUUCCAUGCCCAAUGGUGUGGGCCUUGCAAGCUGCUGGGGCCUCGGCUGGAGACAAUCAUUGGUGGGAAGGGUGAGAAGGUCCACCUGGCAAAGGUCGACAUUGAUAAUGUGUCAGACUUGGCACUCGACUAUGGGGUGUCGGCCGUACCCUCAGUCCUGGCGGUGAAGGACGGCAAGGUGGUGGACAAGUUCGUUGGUCUUCAAGAAGAGUCACGGAUUGAGGCCUUUGUUAAUCGACUCAUCGGGGAGUAGUGGCGAGCUAAUGCCUAGAGCGUAUCAUUAAAUGUUGAGAGUUGGUGAUAUAAGGGAAUAUAUUUAGACUGACAGUGAUAAAAGGUUGUCGUUGAUAGACUGACUGACUUUGUAAAUUGACUGACUGAUGGACGGACUGACUGACGGAAGUGGUGGAGUAAGUUGCUGUGGAUGAAUACAGUGAACAGCUGCCAUACAUGGGCAUUACGAGAGGCAGGUGGUCAGGAUUCUCCAGUCAUUGUCCAUUUCUAGCAUACUGUACACACUCUGACAUUCAGGCACUUGUAGGAAAAUAGCGUAUACAGUCAUGGUCAGUAUUCAAGUAAUAUCCCUCACUCACUUUCACUGUAUUUUGGUGUUUUCCCUCACUCUCAAACCCCUCACUCUGCUAAGAAUGUAUCACUUGCCAUAAUAUGUAACUAGCCUAUCAGCAGAUCAGAGGACUUCAGACCGAGAGGAAACGUAAAGCACAGAGGAAGUGAGUGAAGAAUGUUACUCGAUUUGUGACCACGACCUUACCAAAGCAUAGUAUUUCUCCACCUUUUUCAUUCCAAGUUGCAGGAUAAUAGUUUUCCUUCCCUUAGCAAGUUACAAGAUACAGUAGUUCGCCCUGCGUUCCUGCUGCACUUUACCGUACCACUAGGCCACCCACCAAACCAUGCAAUCCCUUCUUGGCCAUCACACACUACCGACUCGCACACACAUUGUCUUCCUUAUUACUACACCUUCCUGCCGUGUAAUAUGUGCAAUUUGUGGAUAUGAAUCGCAACCUUUUUAUUUUGUGAUCACAAAAAAAUGGAUGAUGAAAAGUACAUCUCUUCUCAAGCUUCCUACAAGUAUACAGUUCUAUAUAUUGACUUCCGCCCUCCUAUCACUCUUCAUCUAGUUCACAUGCAUCUCUGUUCCUGCCUUCACGGAUCACACACUAAUGGACAUGUGAUCACUUUGCCUUCCUGCCGCCUCUGUACUUGAGCUUUCACAUUACCUUUCAUGGAUCACAGGCCUCACCGCUGCCCAGCUGCCAGUGGUGGGACGGGACUCCCUCUCAUAUGCACUGUACUUAACACAGUUUGUAUACUCUGCAUUUGUUCCUCCUUUGAAUGUUUGUACAGAAGAGAUGUAAUUAUGUAUCAUUGCUCUUUCAGUUGAGUAUAAUAAAGUUUUCAUAGCUAUUUUCACUCAA